GGUUCAAGCCGCACUGAGCGGAUGCAGAGAGAAGCCGUAUAGCAAACAAUUGGAUGCUGAAGGAUUGUUAGAUUUGGGGGGGCGGUCUUGAGAUUUCAGCCAAAACGUGUAGCUUGAGCUUCACUUUCCGCUAUUCACCAACUGAAUAUGAAUUAACUGGAAGACUUAAAGAAAAACGUCGUGGCAGUUCUUUGUGAUUCAACAGGCGGUCUUUGAGCCAGAAGAGUGAAAAGCCACAUCGGGCGACAGACUAUUCGUUUGAGCUGCGUUUUUUUUUUUUAAUUUCAGAACUCAACAGUUGAGUCAACAUGGCCUUGAGAGGAGCACUGUCUAGAUUACUGAAAUCCACGUUUAGUUCCUGCCAGCAGAACCGAUCGCAUUCUGUUGCCAUUUUGGGAGCUCCGUUUUCCAAAGGACAGAAAAGGAGAGGGGUAGAACAUGGACCCAAAGCCAUCCGUGAUGCGGGUUUGGUGGAGAGACUUUCAAAUCUGGACUACGCUGUGCAUGAUUUUGGAGACCUGACCUUCAAGCAUCUGGAGAAAGACGAGCACUUCAUGCACGUGCCGUUCCCACGCACAGUCGGACGUGCCAAUAAGCUGCUGUCGGGAGCUGUGAGUGGUGCGGUGGGAGCGGGCCACACCUGCAUCAUGCUGGGAGGAGACCAUAGCCUAGCGAUUGGUUCGGUGGAAGGUCACGCUCAGCAGUGCCCUGACCUGUGUCUGAUAUGGGUGGAUGCUCACGCAGAUAUCAACACUCCCCUGACUUCACCUUCUGGAAACCUUCACGGCCAGUCUGUAGCAUUCUUACUUAAGGACCUGCAGGACAAGAUGCCAGAAGUUCCUGGGUUUUCCUGGCUGAAGCCUUUCCUGUCUGCCAGAGAUCUGGUCUACAUUGGCCUCAGAGAUGUGGAUCCAGGCGAGCAUAUAAUCCUGAAGACCCUGGGAAUCCAGUACUUCUCCAUGCGGGAUAUUGACAGGAUGGGUAUUCAGAGGGUAAUGGAGGUCACAUUGGAUCACCUCUUAGCAAGGAAACAAAGGCCUAUCCACCUGAGCUUUGACAUUGACGCAUUUGACCCAUCCCUGGCUCCUGCCACAGGAACUCCGGUUAAUGGAGGACUGACUUAUAGAGAGGGCAUCUAUUUAACUGAGGAGAUCCAUAACACAGGUUUGCUCUCUGUGAUGGAUGUGGUUGAAGUGAACCCCACACUAGGAGCGACACCUGAGGCCAUAGAGGCCACAACUAGCCUAGCCGUCGACGUUGUCGCAUCUGCUCUCGGUCAGACGCGUGAAGGUGCGCACAUCGCCUUCCCGAAUAUUCCAGAACCAAAAGAGGACACCGAGCUGCGGCUUUAAAGCUCCAGAUAUUUAUCGAAGACUUUGACGAACAAACCACUUUGCAUUCCAGAGUCUAAAAGAACAACACUGAAGACUAAAGAAUUAAUAAGAAGGUUACUGUAGUCUUGGUCAAAAAAAAAGUAUAUAUAUAUAAUAAUAAUAACAAUUGUCACCUCACUGGUGAAGUGCUGAUGUGAGCACAUGGGUGAGAUUUAUUUUAUUAAACUCACCACUAAUGUUGCUCUGGCUAAAAAGAGCUGAGAUCUGGAUUCUCUCUAUGUUUGAGAACUAAUCUAGCAGAAAGAAAUAUUUUUAACAUUUGUCAGCCGAGAUGUAGUGGGUAGCCCUGAUCAUGCUCUAGGACUUGCUACAGGAAAAAGUGAUCUUAAAGCAUAUGUACGCAACAUAUUUUUGCAAGCUGAAGUGACUCUGUAUUGUGCUGGACUGAUUGAUUUUUUUCCUAUAAUUUGAAACAUGUUUGCACUUUUGGACCAGAACUGGUUUUUAUUAUAUUUCUAUGUUGUUUGUUUGUUUGUUUUUGUAUAGUAGGACUGCUUUUAAUGGCUUAUUUAAUCCUACAGGUUUGGUUAGGUUGAAGCUGAGUGAUCUUUUUUAAAUAGCGCAUUUGAAGUAAGUUAUUUUAGUAAUUUUCUUAUCUAUUUAAAUAAACCUUUGAAAAAUUAUGUAUGAUUGCAUUUUGUACACCCUUUCAGAUCUGAAUUCCCCACCAGUACCUUCAGUAUCUUCUUACGGAAGGGUAGUUUGAUUUGUCGCAUUUUUCUGUUUUAGUAAAAAUGUUUAGUUGCAAUAAACGCACAUACUGGAGACA